AUGAAUAGCUUGGACCCCGAAAAGGGCGGAACGGUGAGCAGCACCGGGCCAGGCUUUGCGGACGAAGCCGAAGGCACCGUUUGGGGCAAGAGGGGGUUCACAAGCCAGGUUGACAACCUCGACCGCGUCGAGGCCUCGAAAGGAUGGUUCAGCCCAUUGCUCAAGGCUGCCAGUUAUUUGCACAUCGAGGAAAGAGGGAUAGAACGGGUGUUGGAAGAAGACAGAGUCAAGCAGAGCGUUUUCGAUGGAUUUACUGUUUGGGCAUCUGCCAAUUUCACUCCAUCCACCUUUGCGACCGGCACACUGGGCGCCAUCUUCGGGCUCGGCUUCUGGGAUUCAUUUGCCGUCAUUGUGCUGGUCAACUUCUUCGUCAGCUUCGUGGUCGGGCUUUUUGGCUGCUUCGGGCCUAUCACAGGUCUCCGUACCAUGUCUGUCGGCCGGUAUGCCUUUGGCCAGUGGGGGACCCGGGCCGUCAUCGCUCUUGGAAUCUGCGGUGCCGUCGGCUGGUCGAGCGUGAACGCAAUUGCUGGAGCACAGGUCCUCAAUGAGCUCUCGGACGGCAAUUGUCCCAUGUGGGCGGGCAACUUGGUCAUCGGGAUAUGCACGGCCAUCAUCUCGCUCUUCGGCUACUACGCCGUCCACUAUUUCGAACGGUUUUGCUGGAUGCCACAGGUCCUCAUCUUUCUCUUUCUCACCGGAUACGGGGCGAAGCACUUUGACGCCGGCGCCCUUCCAAUGGGCUCUGGAUCGGCCGAAGCCGCGUCCGUCAUGUCCUUCAUUGCCGUCAUCUAUGGCUUUGUGGCCGGCUGGGCCCAGAUGGCUGCCGAUUACAACGUACGCAUGCCUGUCACCACCAGCAAACGAAACCUCACCUUGUCCAUUUGGGCGGGCAACUUUUUCGGCUGUUCCAUCCCCGAAAUCCUCGGAGCGGCCUACAUGACUGCGGUGGCGGCAGACCCGAAAUUCGCCGCCGCCUACGAAGCUCGAGGCAUCGGCGGCAUCAUGGGUCAGGCACUAAAGCCGUUGGGCGGGUUUGGGAAAUUCUUGCUGGUUCUCUCCGCUCUGAGCAUCAUCGGGUGCAACCUGGUCAACAACUACUCGCUCGCCUUCUCCUGUCAGAACUUCCAUCCGAUCAUGCUCAAGGUUCCACGCUUUAUAUGGACUAUUGCAGGCUCGGCCAUCUUCAUCGCGAUUGCCAUUGCGGCGGAGAAUUCAUUUGCCCAAGUGCUGGAGUCGUUCCUGUCAGUCAUCGGGUACACGGGGACACCCUUCCUGUGCAUUGUGCCCAUUGAAUACUUCUACUUUCGCAAGAAGAAGCUGCCGUUGGAGGAUUGGAACAACAUGAAAGUCAUCCCCCAUGGCAUUGCCGGGUUCCUCGCCAUCGCCAUGGGAUUUGUGGGCGCGGUGCUCUCUAUGGAUCAGACGUGGUAUGUCGGUGUCGUGGCCAAGGCCAUUAAGCCUGACGGGGCUGAGCUCGGCUGGAUCUUCAGCGGUAUCUUUUCAGUGUUGACUUUCGUUCCCCUGAGAUUUCUGGAGAUCAAGUACACUGGUAGAUAG